GUUUAGGAUUUCCAUUUUGCCUGACUUAUCGCUGCUCCUUCUUUUCCCCAGUAUUAAACCUUGGGGGAGGGAUCCUUGAGUGCUGCUGUCGCACAACUACGCUAGACUAGAAGCUUUACUUUCCGACUGUUUGAAUCAGGCAGGCAGGCGGUGGUGGGUCUACGCGAGACGGAUACUCAAAAAUAGCUCUGAAAGGCGAUCAGGUAUGGCGGAUGCUAACGGAGGGGCUCCGCGGUACUUUACGUAAAGAUGAGGAUUCCUCCGGUGUGGGCGCUGGGCGCUUGCCAGACUGGGUGAGCUGAGAACUAAGACUGAAACCUGUUGAGAGAGAGAGAGGGGGGGAAAAAACAUCACCUGGGACUGCUGAGGAGGACCUCUGUGCAGGUUCACACGGCCGUCAGCAGGGUGGAGCUUCCUGACCCAUGGAGAAUUACUUCCAGGCCGAGGCCUUCAACCUGGACAAGGUGCUGGACGAGUUCGAGCAGAACGAAGAUGAGACGGACACUCCCAUUCUUUCAGAUGCUAAGUGGACCCAGAUCCUGGCCCCACCAACCCACAUGCUCUCUUUGAACCCUGCGCUGGCUCACGCAGACCUCAGCCCCCGGGAGAGUCCCCUGUCUUUUAAGACCCUCCCCGACUCAUCCUCCACCCCUUCCCCAGGGGCCGAUCCGAAAAGGCAUCCUGGUCCCGAACCUCCAUCCUGGGCAGAGGAGAGGCCGGCAGACGUCCACAGCCCUCCCCUCCCCCAGCCCAAUAUCGGCAAACUGGUGGGCACCGACGACCUCUCGCCGCCCCCUGUGACGGCCUCUGACAAUGUGGAGAAUGGCUGCCUGUCCAGUCCACAGCUGGAUGCCCUCAGCAAAGAGAUAAGUUCUCCUGCAGACAUCCAGCUUGGUGAUUCUGGCCAGGAGACUAAACGUGAAGAGACAGAUGCCUCGUCUGGAGGAGGAGGCUCGUCCGUCAGUCACACUCGCUUCAGCUUUGAGGUUGGAUUACAGGAACAAACACCCUCCACAAAAAUUCUCCCAAAUGUGGAACACACGGCACAAAAUGGGGAUGAUGGCAGUUCAGCUGCCUUACAGGACUUUGGCCUAGAAACGCAAACUGGAAUUUUAAAAGAGGAGCAAGGGGAAAGUCUCCUGAAUGGAAACAGGGUUGUUCAGAGUGGGUGUGAGUUGGAGGAGAACGGUGCGUCUCCUUCGGACAAGGUUGGGCUGGAGAAGGAAAGGAGAUGUGGUCCAGAGGGACAAGUAGACCAGCACCACAGAAUAGCAAAUCUUCCAAAUGGUUUGGAACAGGAGAGCGGGACCAGCUCUAAGCCUCAGGAGGUGGAAGAGAGGGUAGAGGAAGGUGUUUCCCCCUCUCCUGUCCCCUCAAAAGAGGACUCUGUAACUGAGGAGAAAGAAAUGGAGGAGAGCAAGCAGGAAAGCGGCGAGGGAGGAGCGGGGGGAUCGGGUUGCAUCCAACCAAAACUCAACAACCGGCUGCAGCCGGUCAGCAUUCCCUAUGGAGGCGCCCGACCCAAACAGCCCGUCAGCCUCAAGCUCCAGAUCCCACAGCCGUUGUCGGGCCAGGUGCAGAACCUGCUCAGUCCGUCUGCCGCCAACAAGAACAAGAACCUCGAAAACCAAUGCCGGAAAGGCACACCCUCCGAAACGUCGCCUGGCGGGACUGACCAGAGUGUAGUCAGUGUGAAUGGAGAGGGCAUCAUCCACUCUCCAUCCCUCAUACCCCCAGAGAGCCCAGACAAUGAUCUCCAGGCAGGGCAACAAGGUGCUCUGUGCAGGAAACCUACCAGCUCUCUGGGAGAGGUCGCCCCUGUGUGGGUUCCUGACUCCCAGGCUCCAGUCUGCAUGAAAUGUGACGUCAAGUUCACCUUCACCAAGAGGAGGCAUCACUGCAGGGCCUGUGGCAAGGUGUUCUGUGCGGCGUGUUGCAGUCUGAAGUGCAGGCUCAUGUACAUGGACAGGAAGGAGGCUCGUGUCUGUGUCACCUGUCACUCUGCUCUGACAAGUGCUCAAUCAUGGGAGACGCCGGCUGCUGCGAGCAAUCAGAGUCCAAACCCCAACAACCCAGCCGAGUACUGCUCCACCAUCCCCCCUCUGCAGCAGGCUCAGGCCUCUGGGGUGCUCAGCUCGCCCCCUCCAACCGUCAUGGUGCCCGUGGGAGUCCUGAAGCAGCCUGGCAACGAGGGGUCCGUCUCACGAGAGCAGAGGAGGGUGUGGUUCGCCGAUGGAGUCCUACCCAAUGGUGACGCAGCAGAGUCACCCAAACCGCCGACCUCCAGCUCUGCUCCUUCGCAGUCACUCGCCAUCAAUAAAUCCUCCACUUCUGAGUCCACUGAGGCAGCCCAUACCCCUGUUGCCCCGGUGGGCAGCCCCGUGGGCAGCUCUCUCAGCCUGAUCCCGGAGGACGGGCUCCCUCCCAUCCUCAUCUCCACCGGAGUCAAAGGAGGUACGGGAGGCCACAUCACAGAUUACGCAGUGGAGGAGAGGCCGUCGGAGAUCGUCCUCAUGCAACAGCUGGAGGAGGGGGGCCCAGACCCACUGGUCUUCGUGCUCAACGCGAACCUGCUCGCCAUGGUCAAGCUUGUCAACUACGUAAACAGGAAGUGCUGGUACGUGACGACUAAAGGGAUGCAUGCCGUCGGCCAGGCCGAGGUCGUCAUUCUCCUCCAGUGUCUGCCAGAUGAGAAGACCAUCCCCAAAGACAUCUUCACCCACUUUGUGCAGCUCUACCAGGAGGCCCUCAGUGGUAACGUGCUGAGCCACCUGAGUCACUCGUUCUUCACGCAGAGCUUCCUGGGCAGCAAGGAGCACGGCGGCUUCCUUUACAUCAGCCCUUCCUUCCAGUCGCUGCAGGACCUGCUCCUGCCCAAUCCGCCCUACCUCUUCGGGAUCCUCAUCCAGAAAUGGGAGACGCCCUGGGCCAAGGUCUUCCCCAUCCGCCUCAUGCUGCGGCUGGGAGCAGAGUACCGAUUUUAUCCGUGCCCGCUGUUCAGCGUUCGCUUCAGAAAACCGCUCUUUGGAGAGACCGGUCACACCAUCAUGAACCUGCUGGCGGACUUCCGUAACUACCAGUACACGCUGCCGGUGGUCAAAGGUCUGGUUGUGGACAUGGAGGUGAGAAAGACGAGCAUCAAGAUCCCCAGCAAUCGCUACAAUGAGCUGAUGAAGGCCAUGAACAAGUCCAACGAACACGUGCUGGCCAUGGGGGCGUGUUUCAACGACCGGGCCGACUCCCACUUGGUGUGCGUCCAGAACGAUGACGGGAACUAUCAGACGCAGGCCAUCAGCAUCCAUCACCAGCCGCGCAAAGUUACUGGAGCCUGCUUCUUUGUGUUCAGUGGUGCUUUGAAAGCCUCGUCUGGCUUCUUAGCCAAGACCAGCAUCGUAGAAGAUGGCGUCAUGAUUCAGAUCACAGCUGAGACGAUGGACUCUCUACGUCAAGCCCUGAGGGACAUGAAAGACUUCACCAUCACGUGCGGUAAAGCUGACCAGGAGGAGAACCAGGAGGUCGUCCACAUCCAGUGGACGGAGGAUGAUCACAACUUCAACAAAGGCGUCAUCAGCCCAAUCGACGGGAAGUCCAUGGAGUCCAUACCCAGUGUCAAGAUCUUCCACGGCUCCGAGUUCAGAGCCAACGGCAAAGUCAUCCGCUGGACCGAGGUGUUCUUCCUCCAGAGCGAAGACCAAACCAGUGUUCUGAGCGACCCGGCCGACCACAGCCGCCUCACGGAGAACGUGGCGAGAGCGUUCUGUAUGGCUCUGUGUCCACACCUGAAGCUGCUGAAGGAGGACGGCAUGGCCAAACUGGGACUGAGGGUCACUCUGGACUCUGACCAGGUGGGUUAUCUGGUCGGAAGCAACGGCCAGCCUCUCCUGCCUCAGUACCUGAGCGACCUGGACAGCGCUCUGAUCCCCGUCAUUCACGGCGGGGCGUGUCAACUGAGCGAGGGCCCGGUGGUCAUGGAGCUGAUCUUCUACAUCCUGGAGAUCAUCUCUUAGGAACUUCAGACAUCCCACCAACCUGCACCCCUUCUCACCUCCAAACUUCUUCUUCUUCUUUUUUUUUGACAUCAUCUCCCUUCGGCCGUUUGCACUUCAAAAGAGCCCGAAAACUGUGCCGUGCCCGGCAGGGUAGCAUUCCUCAAGCCAAACCUAUGCAUCCACCCACGGUCUGAGGAAGCUCUGAAUAGGAUCACCUGUCACCUCAGUCAGGAUGUCUCCACAGAUCACACUGUGUCCGUCCUGAUACCCACACUUUUGCUGCCUCUGAGAAGCUGCCACGCGACGAGCGUCAGGCGGCCGAUAUUGUGCAGUUUGUCCUCAGAUAGCGAACGCAUCCAGGAAGGGAUGAAGGCACUAAGUAAAACUUAUCUCAUUCGGAGUUUAAGUAAGAAGAGUGUUUAUUACAAUGAAAGGGUCACAGGGUGUUUAGCCUUGUUAUAAAUUAGUAAACCAGUGCCAUUAGAAUCGUGUCUGUGAACCUAAAAGCUGAGCGUGAUGAAUUGUGGGAUUUAUUAAGCCUCUCAACUUUUCUCUUAAAUGCAGUUUUAGCUUCAUGAUUUUAGACAAAUGAGUGAAUUAUGAAAUGAGUAAAACCAGGGUGUGUGUGAAUAGGAUGAUGAAUUAUUCUGUCUAUUAUCAGAGGAGCUGUAGAAUUAACAAUCAACUCCAUCUAUUUCCUGGUUUAAGAGCUGCAGAGUUUUUAAGGAGAAAGCACUCUCUCCUUUCUACCAAACGCAAACCCGUAGUGAUCAGUGACGUCUCUGUAAUUGCAGCCGUCCUCACAGGUCAGGACACCCUGAGCUCUCGCGCAUUUUGACAAAGAGACACAUUAUUCCCUAAAGGUCGCCUUAACACUGUGAGAGUAAAGCUGAAAAGGCCGUGGCUGCACAAAUACAAACUAAUCAACCAGAAGUAGUGACUAAAUCACGAGCAGAACUGUGACAGAUAGGACCUCUCCUGCAGUGACACACAGCCUUCAAUCAAUCAAAUGCUAUGGGAGAAUGGAGGAUAAUACAGCCUUUAAUACCAAUUGAAAGAGCCAUGAGUUUUGCUUAAACGUGCUGCAGUUCUGCCCUUUGGUACAUAAAGCAGCACUCCAGAGCUCAAAAUAUCAGUUGGGGCCAAAUAGUUAAUUUUGGUCUCUAAACACAAAAGAAAUCAAAUAAACUACAACAGCGGUUCCAUCUUAUAAUCUAACCUGCAGAUAUGUUUUGACCCGUUAGACUUAACACUAUUUUAUUAAAAUCUGCUAGUUAUGAUCUGGUCAUCAUAUGUGAAUCAUAUUGCGAUGCACGACAUGACACUGGUGAUUGAGCACAAAAAGUCACCAGGAAGGUGUUCGCUGAGGUCGCGAAGAAUGAGCCAAGAGCCAAGCAAGUUUUUUCUUACAGCCACAGGACUCGCCCCCUGGUGGCCAUUACAAAAAAUGCACCUGCACAGCGAUGGAAACUACAUUCAUGGCUCCUGCUCAGAUGCUCCUUAAGUGUGGGUAUCGGGACUGACCUCCUGCUUCCUGAUCGCACAUCACUGUGGCAGCCGGAGGUCCUGAAGCAUUGAAUUCUGAAACCUGCCUCUGUGUAGCACGGAUGCUGGUGCAAGGGAGAGUCAUAUCCGUUACUGAAAAGUUUGGACUAUUUCUGUUUCAAAACAGUACUAAUCAUCGUGGAAGGAGGUGGUGAUUUCUUUCCCUUUUUUUUUUUUUUUUUUUUUUUUUUGCACAGUGGUGCUCAGUGCCUGCAGUAGUGUUUCAUCAAGGGAGAAAAGGAAAACCAUUUCAGAUUCACUUCAGAAGCUUUACUCAUCAGUCACCAGAUGCUUUACUUCACUCGUUGUACAUACUUUUGUAGGCAGGACGAUUUCUCCUUGAUCACGCCUGAAACAUCUGUAGCCUCCAGAGAUCCCAGUAUUAUCGUUCAGACAGCUGAUUUAAAUAAAGGUUCCGAUGCUUUAUCGAUAAUCAAUCUGUACAUAAAUGUGCGGGAGGGUGGGGUGGGGGGAGAGAGUCAGUUUUUAAUCUCAUCAGUCAUUCAGUGUUGGUUCAGCAGAGGUCGAAAAAAUCUUCACCUCAUUUUUGUCUUUUUAAUCAUAACGAGAAUAACUUAUAUAUAUAUAUAUAUAUAUAUAAUAUUAUUAUAUAUAAAUAAACUGUAUUACCUUGCAGAUGCAGUGCACUGGAUUUAAGCCAUUUACAGGAGAGUUAAAGUGAGCAUCAGGGUGUCCUGGAGGUAAGAGGUCAGUAUUUGUCGAGACUUAAAUGACCCGAAGCUGAAUGUAUCUCAUCUCAAGUUGUCUGCAUCCUUCCAAACCUCGAAGUCAAGACUUCUCUAAACACCCUGAACCUCUGAGGUGUUUUCUAAAAUCAGGCACGUUGGAGGUUCACCGUCUGAUCUGGACUCUGCUCUCCUUCAACAACAUGGACCUGGACAAGAAGUCUAAGAAUGUAUUCCUCAUGUUUCUGUUUAAAUCUGCAAAAUGUGCUCGUUUCUGACGAGACUGAUCACAAAAACGGAAGAAAAAAAGCCCCACCCUGCUGUGUUUAAAAAGCUCUGUACAGUAACCAUUCUGCAUUAUGCUAAUUUCUCCAUUGUUAAUUGUGCUGAUGUAAAACAAUCUCGAGUGAGAAUCAGACAAUCAGAGGAAAAUCUGCAGAAGAGCCGACGCUUGAAGUUUAAAUCUGACCUGUAGCCGCUCUGCAUUCAUUUAUUAAUCAGAAUCUUUUAGGAGCUACUGUAGCAAAGUAACGUUUAGUUUAAAAGGAAAAAAAAAGGUCAAAGUUCACCACUUCUGGGUUAUUUUACUGUGAUCAUACCAGAAGCAGUGGGGUUCAAUCACUGUGUUUCUUAAAAAAAAUUAAAUAAAUUAGCAUAAUGAAAAGGGGAGCACGAGGAUCUAUUUUUCUGACUCGCUCUUUUGUUACUGUUUAAUUCUUUUUUUCCUUUUUGCAUUAUCUGAAGUGUGCAAUAUGCCCGAAAUCCAAAAAAAGAAGAAAAAAAAGGUGCAAUUUGUUUAAAAAAGUAGCAUUUGUUUUGUAUUAAGUUGUAAGAUGUUACUGUUUAAACCUAUAACACUGCAUGCAAACAGAAAUGAGCCGGAAAAGGCGACUGGAGCGAGUCAACUUUGCAUUUCAACAGUCAGAAAAUUCUCCACAAAAAUAUGAACUUGUUCAGUUCUUUAUUAUUAUUUUUUUUUAAUAAAUCAGUUUGAAAAGCCAAAAAGCCUGUUCAUCUUUCCCCCUCCUUUGUCAAAAAAUACUGUAGUAUAUGUAAAAUAAAAACUUAUAGAAAAUUGA